GUACAGGUGUGUGUAUGUGUUGAUACAAUUGUUAAUCGAGAAGGAAGUUUUCUGCAUGAAAAGCGACAAGGGUCGCCUCAUCGAGGAUAAAGCGCGAUGAGAACGAUGCGCGAGUUAGCUCUCUUACUCGGUAAUUAGAACGAUUAUUUAAUCAUGUCCAAUCCGCGAGGAACCAGAGACGACCGUGGGCAGGCAGCGGCGUGAGUCUCGCGGUUAAUGGUAGGUGUGGAGUCUCGUGUGGAGUUGAAACGACGACGUGUGUUGACGUUGAUUCGGUGGUUGCGUUCCCCGGCUACGCCUAGGUGAAAAAUGCGGUUCUGAAUCGCGACGUGCGCCGAUCCCGUGCAAUCACGAACAGGUUGUUCACGGGUGGCUCCUUCGAUACGCACAUUACGUUACGAUUCUUACUCGCGAACACAGACUCGUGUUCGGGUCUGCGUGUUGUGUGUGUAUGUGCAGUGUUUGGACAAUCAAGGAUAUAUUCCUUCGGAAGGACAGCCUGACACGGAAGAAACGCCGGAAGGAAGGAAGAGGAGGGUAGCAGGGUAGCAAGAUGGCGGGAUCCUUAACGUGGUCGUGUACUUGUUGCCUGCGGUUCAAGUUCAGCCCCGAGGAGAUCGAGCAGCGUUACAAAAGUCAAGAAAUCGAUCGAAUGCUGGAAAAGGAUCGUCAAACUCUUCGGCGACAGGUUAAGCUGCUGCUCCUCGGGGCAGGAGAGAGCGGAAAGUCGACAUUCCUCAAACAGAUGCGAAUUAUUCACGGAAUUAAAUUUGAGCCUGAAUUAAUUAAGGAAUAUCAACAUGUAAUUUAUCAAAACAUAAUUAAGGGAAUGAAGGUAUUAGUAGAUGCUCGUGACAAGUUAAAUAUUCCAUGGGAAAACCCUAAAAAUUAUGAUAUUGGUUAUCAAUUACUGAAAUUUGAAAAUACUAUGGUAUUAGAUGCUAGAUUGUUUCUUCAUUACGUACCAGCUUUACAAAGUUUAUGGAAAGACGCAUCGAUCAAAAAAGCCUUUGAUAGAAGAAGAGAAUUUCAAUUAAGUGAUUCAGUUCAAUAUUUCUUGGAUAACCUUGACAGGAUUGCAAGAAUGGAUUAUGUACCUACACAUCAAGAUAUUUUACACUGUAGAAAAGCCACUAAAGGAAUUUCAGAAUUUGUCAUACAAAUUAAUAAUAUUCCAUUUCUGUUUGUUGAUGUUGGAGGACAACGAUCUCAAAGACAGAAAUGGUUUCAGUGUUUUGAUUGUGUUACUUCGAUACUGUUCCUUGUUUCAUCAUCUGAAUUUGAUCAAGUAUUGUUAGAAGAUAGGAGAACCAAUCGGUUAGAAGAAUCAAGAAAUAUAUUUGAUACAAUAGUCAACAAUAUGAUAUUUGGUGGAGUGUCUAUCAUUCUAUUUUUAAAUAAAACUGAUUUGUUAGACAAAAAAGUAAAAUCACCUGAUACAAAUGUUCGUUGGUAUUUUCCACAAUUUACAGGAGAUUCACAUUCCAUGAAGGAUGUGCAGAAUUUUAUACUUGAAAUGUUUAUAUCUGUUAAAAGGGAUCCAAGAAAACCACUUUUCCACCACUUUACUACUGCUGUGGAUACAGAAAAUAUAAAGGUUGUAUUUAAUGCAGUCAAGGACACAAUUUUGCAUAGAAAUUUGGAGUCUUUAAUGCUCCAAUAA